UGUACCCUUCACUGGGUUCACCUUGAAGCUAAUUUCAAUUUAAGAUUGGAACUUACUUCCAAGUGGAAUCAAAUACUACAUGGAUUUAUCUUUGCACGGAUUUGGGGAUAUCUCGAGAGAUCGACUACUUUUCAACCUCUGAAUUCGUACGCGUUAAACACCCUCAAAGUCAUAUUUAGAUAUAGGUAACGCAGUUAAUGUACUACUAAUUUUUCUAGUUCAUGCAUGCAUACAACCUAAUACUGAUUCAAUUCAAUCACCAACUAUGACUAUGUACAAUACCUUAUUAUUAAACUCGCAUAUUAAUUCUUCAUUCUUAUUCUUCAUCAUCACGAUAUUAUUGAUUCUUCCUAGUACUACUGCAAAUCCAAUCUCCUUCAAGUAUACAAGUUUCCCAAACAAUGAUAGGAAAUUACUAAAUCUCCAAGGAGAUUCAAUUCUAGACGAUAACGCAAUUCAGCUCACAAGAAAUGCAACCAACGGAAGUAUGGGCUGUGCAACCUAUUCAGAACCAGUACAAAUUUGGGAUGCUAAAAGGGUGGCAGAUUUGGAAACACAUUUCUCCUUCGUCAUAGAUACCAUAAAUGCCACUGAAUUUGGUCAUGGUGAUGGUAUCACGUUUUUCCUAAUGCCUUACAACAAGUCUGAAAAUUUUUCAGAUUCUCCCGGGGGAUGUCUUAGCCUAAUGAGUUCGGAUGUAGCCCAAAAGAACUCAUUGACCUCGCCAAUCGUUGCAGUGGAGUUCGACACUUAUCAAGAUGAAUGGGAUCCCAGUCCAGAUCAUGUUGGUAUCAACAUUAAUUCAAUGAUAUCUGUGGCUAAUGAGUCAUUCGGUACAAAUAAUAUGAAGAAUGGAGCCACCGCAAAUGCAUUCAUAAGUUAUAAUUCAACUACCAAAAACUUAGAUGUUACUCUAACUUAUAGUCAUUCUAGUGGAACGAGUUCUGCAAGUUUGCAUCAUAAUAUUGAUCUAAGAAGUGUUCUACCAGAAUUUAUCAACGUUGGGUUUUCGGCGGCUAGUACUGGCACGGUGUUCAAUUGUCAGAAAAUCCUUUCCUGGGAAUUCAAGUCCAAAAUUGAAAAAAGAAGCAGAGACAUCCGUACGGAACUGAUUGUGGGUCUUAUUGUUGGUUUGGACGUUUUUGGUUGUUUGAUUGGUUUUACCAUAUUUAUAUGGUGGAGAAGAAAGAAGCGCCUAGCAAGGAAGUCAGAUCUUGAUGCAGCGAAUUCUGAUGGGGCAAUGGACGAUGCAUUUGAGGAAGGAGCAGGACCAAAGAGGUUCUUAUACAGCGAACUUGUUUAUGCGACGAAUAACUUCCACGAGGCAGGGAAACUUGGAGAGGGAGGAUUUGGAGGCGUUUACAGAGGGUUCUUAAGUGGUAUAGGCUUGGAUAUUGCUGUUAAGAGGAUCUCAAAAGGAUCACAACAAGGAAAAAGAGAAUAUCAAUCAGAAGUAAGGAUUAUUAGCCAGUUAAGACAUCGAAAUUUGGUUCAACUCCUAGGUUGGAGCCACGAGCGAAAUGAAUUACUUCUUGUAUAUGAAUUCAUGCCAAACCAGAGCCUUGAUAAGCAUCUUUUUAAUGGUGGGGUAAAUGUUCUAACUUGGGAUGUCAGGUAUAAAAUAGCUCUUGGUUUAGCUUCUGCACUGCUAUAUUUACACGAAUUAUGGGAACAAUGUGUACUUCACAGGGAUAUUAAAGCAAGUAAUGUAAUGUUGGAUUCAGAAUAUAAUGCUAAACUCGACGAUUUCGGUUUAGCACGACUGGUUGAUCAUCAAUUAGGUUCUCAGACGACGGUGUUGGCUGGAACCCUGGGUUACCUAGCACCAGAAUGUAUAUAUACGAGUAAAUCAAGCAAAGAAUCCGAUGUUUAUAGUUUCGGAAUCGUUGCACUGGAGAUUGCUUGUGGGAGGAAGCCUGUUGAACAGAACAAGGAAAACUUAGUUGACUGGGUUUGGGAUCUCUAUGCAAAUGGAAAGAUUGUUGAAGCAGCGGAUGGAAGGCUAAAUAUGGAUUUCGACAUGCAACAAAUGGAACGUUUGUUGGUUUUAGGAUUAUGGUGUGCUCAUCCUGAUCCUACAACUAGGCCAACCAUUAGGCAAGUGAAGAAUCUUCUUAAUUACGAAUCCCCGCUGGUGAAUCUUCCAACAAAGCUGCCUUCUCCGAUAUAUAAUUAUGUACCACGACUGCAUAUGUGCAAACUUGCUUUUGAUUCAGCUUCUGGUCAUUACUCGGUUUCACAGACAGAUGGUAGUCAAUGUAGAUGCAGUAAUUGUUCCAACGCUAAUUUGUCUCAGAUGUCCUCGACGAAGCCUUCUUCCUCAUCAGAAUCUCUCAUACAUUCUUGUUAAACCAGAUUGGUACAUUUUAACUUUUUAAGUCAAUGUAAUUUCAUAUAGAAUUUCAGUAAAUAAUACUGAUUAUUUUCUACUGUGUAUUUUUUUUCA